AUGAAUAGUCUACCACCGAGCGCAAUAUUACAAUAUCGCCCCAAUCAAAUACAAGAAGUACGCAAAUUAUUCAACUAUGAUGAUAUCAGAAAACUUGAGCAAGAUUUGGACACCUUCGAGGCCUGGAUCGCGAAACAACAUCAUUUUCUCGUUAAACGUUUCGGUAAAAACUAUCUAGAACGACUUUUGAUAGCAAGCAAGGGUUCCGUCGAGAUCGCUAAAAAGCGCCUCGACAAAUUGUGCUCAUUCCGACGAGCAUUGCCAGAGUACUUAACAAAGUACGACAUGAGGAAUGAAUUCCUUCCUAAGUUGAAGUGGUGUCACACAAGUAUAAUGCCGAAACCAACAGCUGACAACUACCGUGUUCUUAUAACAUGCGCGCACAACCCAGAUGCGACGGACUUUGUAGAUUUUAUGCAGUACUACAGGUAUUGUAUAUCACUGAUGGAUUACAUGUUUAACCACGAUUACAACGCUGGCUACGAAAUUGUAUUCGAUACGAGAAACUAUACGCUCGGUGUCGUGUCUAAAUUGAACCCACUUGGGAUGAAAAAAGCUGCAACUAUAUACUUGGAAGCAAUUGGGUUAAGAUUGAAACAUUUGCAUGUAAUAAGUGGAUCUAAGCUAUUUGAUGUCGUUCUAACAAUCCUUAAACAAUCACUAUCAGAGAAACUGACGCACCGAGUUGUCGUCCACGAUAAUAUCGAAUCACUCCACAAAUAUAUUUCACCAGAUGUUUUACCUGCAGAUUAUGGUGGAAAGGAGAAAAAAUGCCUUAAGGAGUUAUGCGAGGACACGCUCAAAGAAAUGUGUACUGAUGAACAUAUAAAACAUUUCAAGGAAUCGGAGAAAGCGAUGACGGAUGAAUCUCACAGAAUCACGCUCAAAUUCGACGAAGAGUAUCUGGGAAUGCCAGGGUCCUUCAAAACAUUAUGCGUAGAUUAG